UAAAUUGCGCUCGGACAUCACAGCGAGGCAUCAUACGCCCACACUCACUACUUGCCUCGUACUGUCGUAUACACUACAGCGCCGAAAAAGCUGCCAAGCGGCUCCGUCGUCCAUGGACGUGCCGACCGCCGGACAAGCCGCCGCUGCACCGCAGCGCAAGGCCUGGGAGUGGGAGGGCCGGGUGGUGUCCCCGGUGCCGGCGGCGACGGCGGACGAGGCGUGGGCGCUGCUGUCGGACUUCCUGGCGUUCCACAAGUGGCACCCGCGCGUGGCGGUGUGCCGCCUGGCGUCGUCCUCCGGCGCGGCGGCGCCCGGGUGCGUCCGCUACUGCGAGGGCACCCCGCCCGCCGACGGGACGCCCGCCGACUGGGCGCACGAGACGCUCCUCGAGCACGACCAGGCCCGCCGCUUCUUCCGCUACGAGAUGAACGACAACAACAUGGGCUUCGGCGCCUUCUUCGCCGCGUUCCGCGUCGUCCCCGCCGCGGCCGGCGGCUGCGUGCUGCGGUGGGAGUUCGAGUGCGAGCCCGUGCGGGGCACGCCCAAGGAGGCGCUCGAGGCACGGCUGCAGGCCGGGCUCGACGGCAUGGCCGCACGCGUGCACGAGCACCUCAUGUCCGCGCGCGCGGCCGUCGCCGUCGCCGCAGCCACCGCGCCGACGACCACCGUGACUGCAGGGCUGGAGGCCGCCGAUGAGCUCAAGCUGGACAGCUCCAUCGCGGCCUGAGCUCUGAGCCUCUCUGAGCACUCGACGGACGACGUACGUUUGGUUGUGAUCUCGUCUCGUUCUUUUCUCACGGUACUACGUUGUCUGAUGAUAUUUUCUCUUUGUUUUGUUCUGGGCCUUUGUCUGCUUGCCGUUAUGUAUGUGCGCGUACGUGCCGUUUACUACAGUACGGUUGGGCCCCUAUACAGCUGUACCGGGAAUAAAUGUAUGAUAUUACUCGUAGUAAUAUAUGCAAAAGUGAUCAGUGCAUGUGCA